GGGCAUCCAGCCGCCGAAUAGGCCCCGCCCCGCGCCUCAGGACCCGCGGGGCAGCGGCCCUUCCCGCGGUGACGACGGCGGUGGCGGCGGCGGCGGCGUAGGCGACGCAAGAUGAUGAAGUUUCGGUUCCGGCGGCAGGGUGCCGACCCACAGCGCGAGAAGCUCAAGCAGGAGCUCUUCGCCUUCCACAAGACAGUGGAACAUGGCUUCCCCAACCAGCCCAGCGCCUUGGCCUUCGACCCAGAGCUUCGCAUCAUGGCCAUUGGCACCAGGUCUGGGGCUGUCAAGAUCUAUGGUGCACCUGGCGUUGAGUUUACAGGCCUACACCGAGAUGCAGCCACUGUCACCCAGAUGCAUUUUCUGCCUGGCCAGGGCCGGCUCCUGACCCUGCUAGAUGAUAGCAGUCUGCAUCUGUGGGAGAUCAUCCAUCACAAUGACUGUGCCCACCUGGAGGAAGUGCUCAGCUUCCAGCCACCCAGCCGAACCAGUUUUGACAGUGCCAGUGCCCCUACCAGUCUCACCCGUGUCACCGUGGUCCUACUGGUAGCUGGCAAUACGGCAGCCCUGGGAACCGAGAGUGGUAGUGUUUUCUUCCUGGAUAUUACCACCCUGACACUGCUGGAGGGGCAGACCCUCAGCCCAGAAGAGGUUCUCUCCAGUGUGCCAGAUGACUACCGGUGUGGGAAGACCCUAGGUCCUGUAGAGUCGCUCCAGGGACAUCUGCAGGACCCCACCAAAAUCCUCAUAGGCUAUAGCCGGGGCCUGCUGGUUAUCUGGAACCAGGACACAAAGCAUGUGGACCACAUUUUCCUGGGGAACCAGCAACUGGAGUACCUGUGUUGGGGGCGUGGUGGCAACACCAUUAUCAGCUCACACAGUGAUGGCAGCUAUGCCAUCUGGUCCACAGACACUGGCAGCCCCUCGACACUUCAGCCCACAGUAGCCACCACGCCCUAUGGCCCCUUCCCCUGCAAGGCCAUCAACAAGAUUCUGUGGCGGAGCUGUGAGUCAGGGGGCCACUUUAUCAUCUUCAGUGGUGGCAUGCCCCGUGCCAGCUAUGGUGACCGCCACUGUGUGAGUGUGUUACGAGCAGAGACAUUGGUGACGCUGGACUUCACCUCCCGUAUCAUUGACUUCUUCACAGUGCACAGCACGCAGCUUGAGGAUGAAUUUGAUGACCCCCAAGCCCUAGCUGUGCUGCUGGAAGAGGAACUGGUGGUGCUGGACCUGCAGACACCAGGUUGGCCAGCUGUGCCUGCCCCUUACCUGGCCCCACUGCACUCAUCAGCUAUUACUUGCUCUGCCCAUGUUGCCAACGUCCCAAACAAGCUGUGGGCCCGCAUUUUGAGUGCUGGUGAGCAGCAGAACCCCCAGCCUGCCUCCAGUGCCUUGAGCUGGCCCAUCACUGGGGGCCGGAACCUGGCCCAGGAACCAGCACAGCGUGGGCUGCUACUGACUGGUCAUGAGGAUGGCACUGUACGAUUCUGGGAUGCCUCUGGUGUGGCACUGCGGCCACUCUACAAGCUGAGCACAGCUGGCCUCUUCCAGACAGACUGUGAACAUGCUGACAGCCUGACCCAGGCCGCCGAUGAUGACUGGCCACCCUUCCGCAAGGUGGGAUGCUUUGACCCCUACAGUGACGAUCCCCGGCUAGGCGUACAGAAGGUUGCACUUUGCAAGUACACAGCCCAGAUGGUGGUGGCUGGCACUGCAGGCCAGGUGCUGGUACUGGAGCUCAGUGACGUGCCAGCGGAGCAUGCAGUUAGUGUGGCCAGUGUGGACCUCCUUCAGGACCGUGAGGGCUUCACAUGGAAGGGCCAUGAGCGACUAAGCCCACGCACAGGGCUGUUGCCUUGGCCUGCUGGCUUCCAGCCACGUGUACUGGUACAGUGCCUACCACCAGCUGCUGUCACUGCUGUCACACUCCAUGCUGAGUGGAGCCUUGUGGCCUUUGGUACAAGUCAUGGUUUUGGCCUAUUUGACUAUCAGCGCAAGAGCCCAGUGCUGGCCAGAUGCACCCUUCAUCCCAAUGACUCACUGGCUAUGGAGGGGCCACUGUCCCGGGUGAAGUCUCUAAAGAAGUCACUGCGCCAGUCGUUCCGGCGCAUCCGCAAGAGCCGUGUCUCAGGCAAAAAGCGGGCUACUAAUGCUAACAGCAAGUUGCAGGAGGCCAAUGCACAGCUGGCGGAGCAAGCUUGCCCCCAUGAUGUGGAGAUGACCCCUGUACAGCGCCGCAUUGAACCCCGCUCUGCUGAUGACUCCCUCUCUGGGGUCGUACGCUGCCUCUACUUUGCUGACACAUUCCUUCGAGAUGCGGCCCACCAUGGGCCCACCAUGUGGGCAGGCACCAACUCGGGCUCCGUGUUUGCUUAUGCGCUGGAGGUUCCAGCAGCCACAGCAAGUGGUGAAAAGCGACCAGAGGAGCAGGUAGUAGAGGCUGUGCUGGGCAAGGAGGUACAGCUGAUGCACCGGGCACCUGUUGUGGCCAUUGCUGUGCUGGAUGGGCGCGGCCGCCCACUGCCUGAGCCCUACGAAGCCUCCCGGGACCUGGCACAGGCACCUGACAUGCAGGGUGGGCAUGCAGUACUCAUUGCAUCUGAGGAGCAGUUCAAGGUAUUCACACUACCCAAGGUGAGUGCUAAGACCAAAUUCAAGCUGACAGCCCAUGAAGGUUGUCGUGUGCGGAAAGUGGCCCUGGCUACCUUUGCCAGUGUGGUGUGUGAGGACUAUGCUGAGACCUGCCUUGCCUGCCUCACCAACCUGGGUGACGUCCACGUCUUCUCGGUACCUGGUCUGAGGCCACAGGUGCACUACUCCUGUAUCCGGAAGGAGGACAUCAGUGGCAUCGCUUCCUGUGUCUUCACACGCCAUGGCCAGGGCUUUUACCUGAUUUCUCCAUCAGAAUUUGAGCGCUUCUCCCUGAGUGCUCGCAACAUCACAGAGCCACUUUGCUCUCUGGACAUCAGCUGGCCUCACAGUGCCACCAGACCCAGGCACAAGCUUCAAGAGUCACCAAAGCUGAGCCAGGCUAAUGGGACCCGGAGCAUCAUCCUGGCCCCACAGAGCUGUGAAGGAAGCCCUGACUCCACCCACAGUAAGCAAGCUGGUGAGAGGUCACAAGACACCACAGAACUUCCUGAGGCUACACUCUCGCCCAUGUCCAUUGAUUCAGCCACCAGUGGGGAUACUACGCUGGACACGACAGGGGAUGUCACAGUGGAAGAUGUGAAGGAUUUCUUGGGCUUUUCUGAGGAAUCUGAGAAGAAUCUGAGGAACCUGGCAGAAGAUGAGGCCUGGGCCUGCAGUCUUCUGAUUAAAUGAGGUGCUGUAGGGGGCAGCCAGGCCUUCCUCACCACCCAACAGCUGCCAUCCCCCAGGUCCUACCUAGGACUCACAGUCAUGAUUGUCACAGUUCAUUGCUAGCCUUGAGGUCCUGGGUAUUUGGAAGGUCAGUUCUGACAACUGGGUGUAGCAGCUAGGGGUGCAUCCAGUUUGGCUAACUCAUUUCAUAGGAGAGUCACUGAGGUGAUCUGUUCUGCCUGUUAAGCCAGCACAUGGCGCUCACUUGCCCUAACCAUGUCCUGUGAUGAAUCUAGCCUACCCAGAGCCCAGAGACACCUGGACCUUCGUACCUAGUGCCUCUACACCCUUCAUUGGGCAUAGACACUACUUGUUCUUCUUGCAGUACUUGGGCCCCAGCAAGCCCAUCACAGGCUGUUACUGAAGAGCCCUGCCUGCCUUGAACAGGACACUGGAAUGGCCUGGGUUUGCUCCCCCUAGCCUUCACUAUAUAGCCCAGCUACUGCCUGUCUUGACCAGGUCCUUAACAUUGACCCACACCUGUUAACCAGUGGGAUCCAGUUUUCACUGAUGCUGGGCCCUAGAGCCAGCCUAGCUCAGGGUCAGCUGGAGGUUGUGAGUGCUAGUCCCCUCCAUCUUGCACUCCACACUGUCCUUUCUCCUCCCUUAGCAAAGAAUAUUUUUUUAAAGCUUG